AUGUCCGACGACGACAACCUGUCCAUCUACGACGAAAUCGAAAUCGAAGACAUGACCUUUGACGACGCCCUGCAGACGUACUUUUACCCGUGCCCGUGCGGCGACCGCUUCCAGAUUGCGCUCGACGACCUGCGCGACGAGCAGGACAUUGCCGUGUGUCCGAGCUGCAGCCUGAUGAUCCGAGUCAUCUUUGACCUGGACGAUUUACCCGGGCCGCCACCUGGACCUUCCAACCCGAUUCCUGUCGCUGCGUAA